UCAUAUAUAGAUUGGACAUUUCCUGAAAAUUUCCUAAACGCCAAGUGUCCCAGCUUAUAUUGCGUGAAAGACGGACAAUAGGGACGACCUCAGCGUCUGGCGAAAAAUACAAUCACAAAAUUCUUUCAAAUUCUUCAACCCGUCGUCCUCAAUUCGACAAUUCCCACAACCCUAACCUUUUAAAAGAAACCCUAGCUUUAAUCUAGGGUUAGGGUUUUCAGGAAUUCUAUUCAGUUGAAUCAAUAAUUAAGAUGACGAGGAUGGCGAGGAGUUGCAUGCAGUCAUUGCUGAAGGUGGUAAAUUCGGCGAUUGGAAUGGUUGGGAUCGCGAUGAUUUUGUAUGCCCUUUGGAUGUUUAGGGUUUGGCAUAAGCAGAUGGGUCCCACUCCUCCCCCUUUCUUUGGCCCUGAUGCCCCUGCUCCAUGGUUCAUUUACUCAACACUUGGUCUUGGAAUAACUUUGUGCGUAGUCACGUGCUCGGGUCACAUUGCUGCAGAGACUGCUAGUGGCUGUUGCUUGUAUAUUUACAUGGUUUUUGUGUUCCUACUUCUCAUGAUAGAAGCAGCUGUGACAGUAGACGUAUUCCUUAACAGAAAUUGGGAAGAGGACUUCCCUGAGGACACAACUGGGAAUUUUGAUGAGCUCAAACACUUCUUGAAAGAGAACUUUGACAUUUGUAAAUGGGUAGGCUUGUCAGUAGUGACUGUGCAGGGGUUAACUAUAUUAUUGGCAAUGAUCCUCAAAGCUCUAGGACCACAUCCGGAAAGGUAUCAUUAUGAGAGUGAUGAUGAUUAUAUUCCAGACAGAGUCCCGCUAUUGAAGAAUUAUGUUCCUUCACCUUCUUGUGUUGUUGGUGACCCUGUGUAUGGAUCUAAGAAUGAUGCUUGGAAUAUCAGAAUUAACAGCAAGGCAAGCAGAUGAGCUACACUUUCUGUUGGUCAAUCAGCAAGAACUGAAAUUGCGUUACAAUUGUAAUCACUGUGCAAAAUAUGUGUAAAGUUGAAGGUGGAAUUCACAUGCUUCUGACGAUUGGUAGAAUUCACGUUAAUUUGUGCAGUUCUUGUAUAUUAUGAUUCUAUAUACUCUUACACUUGUGUAGACAAUGUGAUAAUUUAGCUAUCAAGAGUCCAAAAAGUCUACUUCAGUUGCUUUAUGUUUCAUAGUAGAAUCAUGCAGUUUACCAGGAUAGAGAGUAACGUACAUCAAACGACUGUUAGAUGAAAAAUAUAAUCUCAUCAUUCUCUUGCUAUAUAUGGUGGAGGACCAAUCAAUUAC